GAUCAUCAUUUCAUCACUUUAUUGCCCAAUUCUUCAAUUUUUUUUCUUUUUUCUUUUUUAUAGAAAAGAAUAAUUUUUUUUUCCUGCACAACAACCAGCGCACGCCUUUUUUCCCCGAUUCAACGGAGUUUCUCUUUCCCCAAAUCCAAAUCCGAAUCGCGAAUCCCCCUCUGCUAUAAAUACCCAUUUCCAUGGCCGCUUUAAUUCAACAUCUCCGUCUUCCAUUAACCCUUCCACCUUCUUCCCGUUAUACGUCUCUGUUUUUUCGUUUCUCUCUUCCCUCUGUUCUUCGCUGUUCUUCCUCUGCGCCUGCUGGGUCCUCCUCGCCGGAUUCUUCUGUUUCCUUCCCGGCGUUGCUUCCCGUUGCGGCGAGAAAACAGGGCAUCAUGACGGUUGGGGCUGGAAUCACUUUGUCCGAUGGGAAUCUGACGGUGUUGGGUACCCCCGUUUUGUCUGAUGUUCAUAACAACAUUACCGUCACGCCGGCGCCCGGUGGCGGCGUCAUGAACGGGGCGUUCAUCGGAGUUCAGUCCGAUCAGACCGGUUGCCGCCGCGUCUUCCCUGUCGGCAAGUUAAUUGGAUUGCGAUUCUUGUGUGCUUUCCGAUUCAAAUUGUGGUGGAUGACUCAGAGAAUGGGAACUUCCGGCCAAGAUAUUCCGUUCGAAACUCAGUUUAUGGUGGUGGAAGCGCGCGACGGCUCAAAUAUCUCUGGAAGUGAACAGGAAUCCGCCGUAUAUACUGUGUUUCUUCCUAUUCUGGAAGGAGAUUUCAGAGCUGUGCUUCAAGGGAAUGAGAACAAUGAACUGGAAAUCUGCUUAGAAAGUGGGGAUCCUGCUGUAGAUGGGUUCGAAGGCAGCCAUUUGGUGUUUGUGGCUGCUGGAUCAGAUCCAUUUGAAACAAUCACAUACGCUGUGAAGUCUGUUGAGAAGCAUUUGCAGACUUUUGCUCAUCGUGAGAGGAAGAAGAUGCCUGAUAUGUUGAACUGGUUCGGCUGGUGUACGUGGGAUGCGUUCUACACCGACGUCACUUCUGAAGGGGUCAAGCAAGGGCUCGAGAGCUUUGAGAGUGGGGGAAUUCCUCCCAAGUUUGUUAUUAUUGAUGAUGGAUGGCAAUCGGUUGGAAAGGAUUCGACUAGCGCUGAUUGCAAGGCUGAUAACACUGCGAACUUUGCAAACAGGUUAACAGACAUAAAAGAGAAUCACAAAUUUCAGAAAGAUGGCAAGGAGGGUGAGAGAGUCGAGAAUCCCAAGCUCGGUCUCCAGCAUAUGGUGUCCUACAUGAAAGAAAAGCAUGCCAUGAAGUAUGUCUAUGUAUGGCAUGCCAUAACAGGGUACUGGGGUGGUGUGAGUUCUGGUGUUAAAGAGAUGGAACACUACGAGUCUAAGCUGGCGUACCCCGUAGCAUCUCCCGGUGUCGAAUCGAACGAGCCAUGUGAUGCUUUGAACAGCAUCAUGAAAACUGGACUUGGCCUUGUGAACCCUGAAAAAAUUUUCAACUUCUACAAUGAACAACACUCGUAUCUUGCAUCUGCUGGCGUCGAUGGAGUUAAGGUCGAUGUGCAAAAUAUUCUCGAAACGCUCGGGGCAGGGCAUGGUGGGAGGGUGAAACUUGCUAGGAAAUACCACCAUGCUCUUGAGGCAUCGAUCUCUCGGAACUUCCGCGAUAACGGGAUCAUUUCAUGCAUGAGUCACAAUACUGAUGCUUUAUACAGUUCGAAGCGGAACGCUGUUAUUCGAGCCUCAGAUGAUUUCUGGCCGAGAGAUCCGGCAUCUCACACGAUUCAUAUAGCAUCGGUUGCUUACAACUCCUUGUUUCUUGGGGAGUUUAUGCAGCCAGAUUGGGAUAUGUUCCAUAGUAUGCAUACUAUGGCCGAAUAUCACGGUGCAGCUCGAGCCGUGGGAGGAUGUGCUAUAUAUGUCAGCGACAAGCCUGGUCACCACGACUUCAAUCUUUUGAAGAAGCUUGUGCUUUAUGAUGGUUCUAUACUGAGGGCGAAGCUUCCCGGAAGACCAACCAAGGAUUGCCUAUUUACAGAUCCCGCUAGGGAUGGCAUAAGUCUCCUGAAGAUAUGGAAUAUGAACGAUGUUUCGGGAGUUGUCGGGGUCUUUAACUGCCAAGGAGCAGGAUGGUGCAAGGUCGGAAAGAAGAACCUGAUUCACGACGUAAAUCCUGGCACGAUCACGGGGUUUAUUCGGGCUAAGGAUGUCAGUUAUCUUCCAAAGAUUGCGGGCGAUACUUGGACAGGGGAUGCAGUGAUAUUCUCCCAUCUUACUGGAGAAGUUGUCUACCUACCACAGGACGCUUCGAUGCCGAUAACGUUGAAACCGAAGGAAUACGAUGUCUUCACCGUCGUUCCUGUCAAGGAACUGGCGGAUGGCAUCAAGUUUGCUCCCAUAGGUUUAAUCAAGAUGUUCAACUCCGGAGGAGCUGUGAAAGAACUGAACCAUCAGCCUGGAAGUUCGAAUGUAUCACUGAAAGUUUGUGGUUCGGGGCCGUUCGGGGCGUAUUCCUCGAGCCAACCGAAGCGAGUUGUGGUCGAUUCGAAGGAGGUAGAGUUUGGAUAUGAUGAGGGGUCUGGUUUCAUCACCAUUGAUUUGAGGGUACCAGAGGAAGAGUUGUAUCUUUGGAACAUUAAUGUUGAAGUACACUCAUAAACUCAAAAAGAGUGAUUCUUUUUUUGAAUAUCUCUGAGGGGUGAGGAUCUGGUGGGGCUUUGGAAUAGAAAUAUUCUUUUUCUUUCUUCUGAGAUGAAAUUCUUUUUUCUUUUUCUUUUCUUAUUUUCCUCUAAUGUAACCUUUUUGUAAACUCAUUUUGUAAUGGGAAUAAUGCCACUUUUAAUGAAGUCAACAAAGCAUUUGGAUCUU